UACGACGCGCGGUUACAUUAGACAGCAACAAACAUGGCGUCUUGCCGUGUCAUUUGGGGAAGACUUUUAUCAUCUGCGAGUAGACGUCAAAUUUUACCCCUCACACAUCGUUACAUUUAUUUGACAGUCCAAAAUUCACCUUUCGUUAGGAAGUUUUCUUCAGCAGAGGAAGGAAACAAAGCAGAUUCCCAAGACUUGCAGCUGAGUGACAACUGCGUAAAGCAACUGAAAAAGAUUUUCCCCGAUGACAAAGAAGGAUUUCUUCGUGUAGCAGUUGAGGGAGGUGGCUGUUCAGGGUUUAAGUACACCUUUGAUGUUGAUUCUGAUAUCAGCGAAGAUGAUAGAAUAUUUGAAAGAGAUGGUGCAAAGGUUGUAAUUGAUGAAAUUUCUCUGGAGUACCUGAAAGGUUCCACAGUGGACUAUCAUGAAGAACUCAUUCGCUCAGCUUUUAGAAUUUCACUCAACCCUAAUUCUGAGAAAGGGUGUUCCUGUGGUGCAUCAUUUACCUUCAAACUUUAACAAAACUGAUGUACUGUAUGUUCUCAGGUUAACACCACAAUGUAUAUUUGAUUUGUAACAUUUACAAGGAGGGAUUCCUUCAGAGCGGCAUUUAUUUCAAACUCAUCCUGAUAUAAAUUACGGUAAAUGAUUGGAAUGGAAACAUAACUUAAAACAGAAACAAUUAUUUAGUUGCAAUUUCACACUGUUUUUGUGCAUAUUUCUAUUUCCCAAUAUUGGUGGGUAUGGCACUCUCCUAUGGCUAUCAUUUAUUGAUAACAGUUUGUUACUCCCAUACCAAAUGAGGAGAAAGAGUCUGGUAAAGUAGAAAUCAACUGCUUGAAAGGUAACACUAUAUCCUUAAAUAGCUUAAGUGGCCCCACUGAGAAGGGAAAGACAGCUUUCUGUUUGAGGAUUUUUUAAAGAAGGCCAUAGUUUAUAAAUCAAAUAUAAAAAGAACUCUUUGUUUUUGUAGAACACAUUUUAAAGUACAUCAUUAUUUGGUCAGGUCCCUCUCUUUGAUAAAAAAUAUUAAUGACAACCAAUCAAAACUUAAGUCUUUAUUUUGGAAGGUUAUUUAGACAAGAAGUAAGGAAUUGAAAUUUAAAUUUAGUGACUCAACUGAUGAGGACAAACUGGAAAAAAGUAAAAUAGUAGCUGUAAAGUAAAGUUCCUCUCUUUGGAUUGAAUGGAUUUGAUAGGACAAUGUCAUUCUUGUAACAAUAUUGGAGGGAUAUUGUUGAUAAGAACGAUGCAAGAAGAGAGUUUCAGUGAGUCCACACGUGUUUUUACAAUUGCCGAUUAACAAAGAUAACUUUAUUCCCCAAAGCAAGGUCAUGACGUAAGUGUCACGCAUAACGUAAUACACAUUGUAACAAUUCUCAGAUCUGGGCAUCACCCACUGAUACUGAGAGGGUGGAUCAGUUUUCAAUAGUCAAAGUCUAAACAAGAGAAACCUCAGGAUUUGUACAUUAUUUAUUGAAAUAAGGAUUUUUCUUGCUACACUUGUAUUAGUUUGCCCAGCUAAGCUGGAUUUCCACUGUCACAAACCAACUGUACCUGACUUACAAAUAAAGUUUACAGGAAAACAGGUGUAACAA